AUGAAGUUCCUCCGGUCGAUUGUCCGCACACGCCCGCCGGGGGCGCAGGUCCAACUCCCCAGAAGUUCACUCCGCACCUUCAGCGCCGUCCGCAUGCACGCGCAGUCUCAGCGGACCUCGAGCGCAAGCUCCCCUCAACCAGAACGGCCCGUCAACUUCUACAGCACGCAUGGACGCGCCUUCUUCAAAGCCAUCACUUUGGCAUUCCUGACGUAUCAAAUCGCGUAUUGGGCAUGGUUGACGGUGGAGACGGAAUACCUCAAAGAUCAGAAGAACCGCGAGGUCAAGUCGCUGGAGCAAGAAGUGAGGUUGCUGGAUGAGGGUCGAAAGGCUCACAGACCCGGAACCUCUUGA